UAUACUUGACAGCUGCGCUGAGCCGCUGAACGUUUGCAAGUAUUUAUAUUAUAUGCAAGUAAGUAAGUUAUAAAUUGCACAGUUCAAAGUAAACUGCAGUAAGUAACCAGCUCAGCCAACAAACGUUGCAUCAAACGAUGUAUUUCUAUAUAUACCUACUUACUGGCAUGUUAAUUAAUUAAGUUAGUGGCAUACUAGAAUUGUCUGCUAGUGUGGAAUGCACGAAAAAAUAAUAGUAUUUUGUAAAAAACGACUGGGAGACAGUAUACAUGUGCCAGAGAGCGACAGAAAAGAGCUGCUGUUGCUGGUGAUUUGGUGUGGCGUGUGGUGCAGUAGUGCUGGAUGAAUUAGUAUUUGUCUGUACUUAUACUUGAUUCCGCAGCAAAAUUUUCGCUUCGUCACGAGACAUCUAAUAAUUACUUGUGUACUUGACACUUGAUUGUUUUUGGACACGCGGACGUGGAUGAGUCAAAAUUUACUUUUCCAAAAGUGUUCGUACGUAUAAUUACGUAUAGGUAUAGGUUGUACUUAUACACACACAACUGGUACGCGCGUACCACCAGGUCAAGAGGGUAGUCGUAUAAUAGCUAAGUAUAGGCAGAGAGAGGAUGGACGGGAACAAGGAUGAGGCUAAUCGGUGCACCGAGCUAGCCGAGCGAUGUGUCAGGGAAAAGAGGUUUGACGAAGCAGUGAAGUUCCUCAAGAAGGCCCAGAGGCUAUUCCCGACCAAGAAGGCUGAGGAUUUGUUAGCAACUGUAACUUUGAUGUCGAAACAGCAGAGUGCAAAGGUAGAACCCGAGGCAGAGGUUAGAAAGAGGCACGGUAAUGCCAGCAAAAGUAAUGGAGCCCAGACUCAGGCUUCAGCAGCUGAUUAUACAGAUGAACAAAUGGAACAUAUUAAGAGAAUAAAUAAGUGCAAAGACUAUUAUGAAAUUUUGGCUGUCAGUAAAGAUGCCACAGACAGUGAUGUCAAAAAGGCUUAUAGAAAGUUGGCACUUCACUUGCAUCCAGAUAAAAACAGAGCACCUGGAGCAAACGAAGCAUUUAAAGCUGUCGGUAAUGCUGCUAAAAUCCUAAUGGAUCCUGAAAAGAGAAAGCAGUACGACUUGUAUGGAUCAGAAGAAGAAAGACUUAGUACUACAAGGCACUCACAUUCACAUUAUAAUUAUUCACGGGGUGGUUUUGAAGCUGAUGUAACAGCUGAAGAACUAUUUAACAUGUUCUUUGGUGGUUUUCCACAACAAGAAUUUUAUGUCAGAAGAGGUGGUGGCAGGUGGAUGAGACAAAAUGAGGCACAGCAUCAGCAUACUCACUCCCAACAACAAGCAAAUACGUACACUACAUUCCUUCAAAUGUUGCCUGUAUUAUUACUGAUUAUUUUGACUAUGAUGAGCAGUUUUUUUAUGUCUGACCCCAUCUAUAGCUUACAUCAAAGUUCUAAAUAUUCAAUUCAAAGAACUACUAUAAAAAUACAAUGAUAUAUAUUUUACUACCAAAAUUUAUAUUCAAAAUUUCUACUCGUCGUUGCUGGGUGUGUGAUCGUGUGGCUUACAUUCCACGACCAGGCAGUUGCACUGGCUCGACCAACUUACUUCGGUGCAGUAAAUUUAAAGAUGACGCGUGUUUUAAUGGCAAUCCAAAAAAAACAAAGUGACGUUUUGAAUUAUCUAAUGAAAGAUUCAACUAUGAAAGUUUGUAAAAAGGAUAUUUCCUUUUUAUAGUUGAAAAUAAAAAAAAAUUAAAAAAAAGAGGUCGAUAAAAUUCUGUUGUAGAAAAUUUUUUAAAUAAUGAAUAUUACGAAAUUCCGACCUUAAAAUUCAAGGUUUUAAAGAAACAAUUGUAAAACAACAGAAUAAUUUGUUUCAAUAUAAUAUAUUUGUUAUGUGAUAAGGAAAGAAAAUUCAUUUUAUUUGCUUUAAUUAGUAAAUUUUCUAUGUCAACAACAGGAUAAAAUUUUUUUAUCAAGAGCCUCGAGUGAUGGUAGAAUUGAAAUUUAUAUAUCUGGCUACUUGUAUACUGUGAUCUCUGUAAGGUUAAAAGGAGCGACUAUGUAUAUAAUUGAAUUGAAUGAAUAAUGUUAAUUGAAUGACGGUUGUAAAGCCUUUAUAAAAAUUUCCAUUAAUAAUAUUUAAAACCAAAUUUGUCAUUCUUUGUUUAUUUUAAUCAACCCUGACAUUUAUUAUAAAGUUUCAAUCAAUAUGGAAGUAUAAAAUAUUCCAUAAGUCAUCAAACUAAAUCAGUGUUUUUUUGUCUCACUCAACUAUUGCUAUAAAUAUCACAAUUAUUAGAGUCCAGCAGAAUUAAGAUUAAUCUUAAUGUAGAAUAUAUCCAUGUACUUGUGUAUCUAAUAUACAAACGUACAUGUAUGUGUAUAUGCAAAAAUUUUUUCUUAGUUUUUCGUCUGCAAAUUGUAAAUAAUUGAUACUCAAAAAUCAGUGUACAUGAGAAAGCAUCAUUAGCAUAUAUGACAGAUCUUAAGUAUGCCCGUUUGGAUAAAGUACACAGCAAAGAGUUUGUGUCGCGUAAUUAUAAGUGAAAAAUGUGUAUAAAAGUUAUACCUGUAAAGUUUUAGAAUUAGACUCAUUUAAUUAUAUUAUAUAAAUUGUUACUGAAAAACAAAUAUUGUAAAUAUAGACUUAUUUACUUAU